AUGGCGCAAGCUGCGCAACUACUUUUCGACGAAAACGGGCAACCGUUUAUCGUGAUGCGAGAACAAGAAAACCAGAAGCGUAUAACUGGUGUGGAAGCGGUGAAAAGUCAUAUUUUGGCUGCCAGAGCCGUUGCCAACACUUUGAAAACAUCGCUUGGACCAAGAGGAUUGGAUAAGAUGCUUGUGAGUUUGCUGAAAUCUAUGGAAAUGAAAAAAUUCGAGAUUUUCAUUGAAAAAUUGGCUAGAAAAUCGAAUUUAGACACCAGGAGCUGGAUUUUUGAUAAAAAUCGCAGUUUUGCCUCUGAAUUCUGGUAAUUUCAGUGUUUUCCAUUUGCAUUUUUGAACAAUUUUUAUGAAAAAUUCGACAAAAAUUGAUAGGAAUCUGAAAUUUUCAGUGUUUUUGCUCAAAUUAUUGAUUUUUGAGCUCUAGAAAUCAUAUAAUUAUCUACUGGAGCUCACAAAUCAAACAUUAGAGCAAAAACACUGAAAGUUUCAGAUUUCUAUCAAUUUUUGUCGAAUUUUUCAUAAAAAUUGGGUAAACUUCAACUAGAGUCAGUGAAAAACACUGAAGUUUUCAAAAUUCAGAGCUUCUGGUGUCUAAAUUCGAUUUUCUAGCCAAUUUUUCAAUGAAAAUCUCGAAUUUUGGGUUAUUUCAUGUGAAAACUGCAAUUUUCAUUAAAAACCAGGUUUCUUGACUCAAAAUAGCGCAUUUUUAGCGAAAAUUCCCCUAGAAUCAUGAUUUUCCCUCCAAAAAUCACCGCAAAUUUAAUUUCAGGUCUCUCCAGAUGGUGAAGUGACCAUUACAAAUGAUGGUGCCACAAUUAUGGAAAAAAUGGACGUUCAACACCAUGUUGCCAAAUUGAUGGUCGAAUUGUCGAAAUCGCAAGAUCACGAGAUUGGAGAUGGAACAACUGGAGUUGUUGGUGCGUUUUGGGAUGGAAAUGGGGAAUUUUGGCUGAAAUAUAGCUGGAAAUGAUGAUUAUUGGGUGAAAAAUCAUCGAAAAUACUGAUUUUUGAACUAUAAAUGGUCAAAAAUGCUAGUUUUUGGCUGAAAAUCUGGAAUUUUCUCAAGUUCUGGGACCUGAAUUUGAGAAAUUUCUGAAUUUUUCAUCCGAAAAUAGUCUACAAGUCCGAAAAAUGGACAAAACUGUCAGAAAAUGACCCCAGAAUUCAUAUUAUGGCCUAGAAAUCCCGUUUUCCACAUUUUCCUUAUCUUUUUUCCCUCCCAAGUCCAGUCGUUUUUUCCUCACUCCGUUUCCCGUCAUUUUUUCGUCACCCACCCUCUUUUUUCUCGUUUUUCGUUUUUUUUGCUACAAAAAUCAUCUAAGACAAGACGAAGAACCCCAAGUGUGUUUAUAUUUGUAUUUGUUCAGUUUAUGACGUGGUUUCUUCGUUCUUUAUCAAGAAAACGAGAGCAAGCAGGACUUUUUUGCUCUUUUCGUUUUACGGCCAUUUUUUGGACGGUUUAUUGAUCUUUUCGUUUUUGGAGAUUGAAAAUUCCGGUGAUUUUUGAGCUGGAAAAUUGGGAUUUUCAAGGGUUUUCAGGAAUAUUCACUGAAAAGUACGAUUUUUAGGCUGUAAAUCCGAAAUUUCAACUCAAACUUGAGCUGGAACUCAAAUAUCUCGAUUUUUCAACAAAUACUCAUAAAAAUGUGUACAUUGUUUGAUCAGUCGUCAAAUUUUUUGAUGAAAAAUGUUUUGUUUUCGAUUCCUCCCCAAAAAUCAACAAAUAUACGUCAUUUUUUGCCAUUUCUCCUGAAAAUUCGGCUUUUCCUCGCUUUUUUUUGAUUAUGACGUCAAUCGAUAACUUUUUGGGGUUAUCACGAAAAAUGCAUGAUUUUUCCAAAAAUUUUGUGAAAAAAUGCACAUCACCCUAUUUUUUGGGUUAUUUUUUGUGAUAAGAAUGACUUUUGUACGAAGGGGUUUUGUUUGAACAAGUCUUGUGAGGUUCUUUGAGUUUUUGACUAUUUGCACUAUGUAUUAGAAGCGAAUUGUCUGAAAAUUUGUUAAUUUCAGCCGAAAUUACCCGAAGAUGAGUUUUUCCCAGAUUUUUGAUAAAAAUCUGGCUUUUUGAAGGUUUUGGCUGAAAAUUUAGGAUUUUCAGCCAAAAUUACUAUUGACUAUGUUUUUUCCAAGAUUUUUGAGAAAAAUCUGGUAUUUCUGAUGGUCCCGGCUGAAAAUUUGAAUUUUCCAUGAAAUUGUGAAGGUUUAAAUUUCCAGCCUUGAUUGCUGGCUGAAAAUUUGAGAAAAACAUGGAUUUCUCAUGAAAUUUUGAAGUUUCUAACUCCUAGCUAUGAAUUAUACCUGAAAAUUUUCAGAAAAUCUGAUUUUCCCCCUGAAAAAUUCAAAUUUUGUACACAUAUUUACACAAUUUUCACAUAUUUCCCUCACACUACAAAAAGAGCUCCAAAAAUUGCGUUUUUCUGCUCAAAAAACACUUUUUCCUGCUUCUAAUCCCCCCUAUUUUCUAGUCACAUGAUAUCUCAUUUUUUUCGAAAAAAAAAAAGAAUUUUCGGAUAUUUAAUUCAUAAUAAUUAUUAUUUGUGUUUCGCACAUUUUUUGAGCGCAAAAAAAAAAUUUGCGCGGAAAUUUUUUAUGUUUCUUCUCGGCCCCGCCGGAGAAUGGAGAAGAGAUAAUUAAAUUUUCCUUCUCAGUGAGCAUUUUUUUGUGUUGCUCAACUAAAGUGGAGCAGAAACUAGGAAAUUAAUAAGCGGCUCAAAGUUCUUGAGCCAAUUUAUUUGUAUUUUUGCUAUUUUCAGUGGAAAGUUGGGAUUUUUGAACCUUGGAAACUGAAAAAUUCCGAAAUUUUGAGCUGAAAUUCAGGUCUUGUCCUGAUUUUGGCUAGAAUCCCAAUUUUCGACCCAAAAAAUCGAUUUUUAAUGAAAAAAUCGUGUUUCCCGAUUGAAUUUCCGCCCAAAUUAGCCGAAAAAAUCGAAAUCGACUCCCAUAAAUCGAAAAAAACGCAACUAAUCGUCUUUUUUUUCGUACAAGGUCAUUCGGUUUCAAUUUUUUCUAUAUUUGGAAAGAAUUCGUCAUAAUCCUGUGCAAAAUGGCAAUUUUUAGGGUUUUUGUACGAAAAAUUGCGAAACUUUCUAUCAGAAACCGAGAAAAUCGCUUUUUUCACCCCAAAACACAUUUUUGGGCCCAAUUUUCCGAAAAAUUGCGAAAUUUUGUUGUUUUGAGCCCGCAGUUGACUCAAUUCUUCUCGUUUUGCUCAUUUUUUGUUUCCCCAACACGAUAAAAUUGCGAAAAAGUAGAAUAGACCGAAUUUGUUAUUGAUGAAUUACCUCAAUUUGCACUCUAUUCAUGUUUCUUUCAAUUUCUCAUUUUUUGAAUAGAAACUGGAUUAGAAAUUGUGAGUCAGCUGAAAAUUAGAUUAGAUUAGAAGAAUUAUCAGCUUUUUCGCGCACCUGAGAAGAAAAUGUCAUUUUUUGGGGGGAACAGGUGAAAAUUUGAGCUAUUUUUGACCGGAUUCGAGGAUUUUUGAUUGAAUCCGGAAAUUCUAGAAAUUCUGACCAAAAAUCUGGAAAAUUAGGCUAGGAGACCACAAAUGCAAUCCAAUUUUUACCAAGACAUUCUGGAUCUGUGCUGAAAAUCUAGAGUUCCAGUUCAAUUUUGCUCGAAAUUCCCAGGUGGAAUUGUCUGGAAAGCUGAAAAUUUUAUAAUUUCAUCGAAAAUCGAUUCUGGAACUGGAAAAUUUCAACCAGAAUUCAGUUUUUCAUGAAAUUUUGAGCUGAAGUUGUGCUGAAAAUCCCGAAAAUGCACAUAAAUUCGAGAAUUUAUCGCUUUUUUCUUUUGAAAUAUCGAAAUCCCCAAGAUUAACAUUAGAAAAUCGAGAAUUUCCAUAAAAAAUGUGAUAAAAUCUCCCAGAUUAUCAAUUUUUCUCAAAUUUCUGGUGAUAAUCCCUUCUUUUCCCCCGUCUAAAGUACUUUUUCCCACUUUUUUCGCAUCUAAUUUGUGCCACUGAAAAGAAGUCUUAUAUAUAUUCAUUAAAAUGUAUGACUAGUGCCCCUUUUUUUCUGUGCCAGCUUAUUCUUUUUUUAUUUUAUGUUUUUUUUUUGCUUCUAGUUGUUUUCUACUUCUUUUUUUUUCGCUCGCUUUUCUCUACGCACUCCUUUUCUAUCGAUCUUUUCCUUUUUUCGAAGCAGAAAAUGGAGAAAAAGAGCAUUUCUCCCUCUUUCCACCUUCAGCUCUUUUUUUUGCGCUUGUUUCACUUGCUUUUUGAGCCAGGUUUUCUUUGCUGGUUGAAUAGUGCAAGUUUGGAGGCUGCCAGGCAGGAAAUGUGCUAAUUGAAGGCGGUUUGAGGUUUGGAGCGACUGAAAAUUGAUUUUUCUGGAAUUUUAUCAUCGAAAAUUGCUCCUGGAAGUCAUUUUCGAUGGAUUUUUCGUGUUUCUUGGCUAAAAAUUGAUCUAGAUUUGAUUUUGGAACCGAUUCUUGGCUAUUUUCAUCUGUAAACAUCUUUUUCACUGAAUUUUUCGUUUCUUGCUGCAUUUGGUUGGUCAAAAUCGAGAUGGAAACGAUUUUUCUCGACUUUUCAGCUUUUUCUAACUAAAAAAUUGAUCAAUUUCCGGUUCUGACUGAUAAAAAUUGAGUUGCACUGCUUUUCCCCGUUUUUUCCUCGAAUUUUUAUGGAAUUUCAAGUUUUCCGGAUCAAAAUUGGAUUCUAGAUCAAUUUUCCACCAUUUUUCGCUCAAGACCAUGUUUUCGUGAUUUUUAGCUAAUUUUUAGUUCGAAAUCACGAGUUUCCACCAAAAACCUGUUUUCCCUCAAAUUUCUGACCAAAAAUCAGAAAAAUGUUGUUGAUUAGAUUUUUCGAGAAAGUUAAACCUAUAAUUUUUGUCACCAAGCGUUUUUUGGCUGAAAAGUACAUUUUCAGCCUUGUCAAUUUGAAUUAGCUUUUCCUAUCUCUUCUCGCUGAAAAAGCUGUCAGGUCAUCGUUUUUUUUCAGUAAACAGUUGUUCUUCUGAAAUUUUCAGCCCCCUAGGAAAAAUCGAUUUUUUUUUCGUGCGCUCGAAAAAUGCACCUGCUCCAAAACUCUACUUAAAAAUUAAUCGCGUUUUCCUUUUUUUUCCAAUUUUGCCUAAAAUGUUUCGUUUUUUUUUUUGCCUCGUCACACAGAAAAUGUCUCGAAUUUCUCCCAUUGACACAAUGCCAAAAACAUUUUUUUUUGCCUCCGUUUUUUUUUUGAACAGAGAGCAUCUCGCUUUUUGUUUCUUCUUCUUCGUCGCGUUUUUUAUUGUUUGGUUUUACGUCACUGGCGAUUUUGUUUCGGGAGCGAAAAGGUGAAUGUGUAUUUUGAUGGAGGCGUUUUGUUUUUGGCUGGAAAUUGGACGAUUUUUGAUCUGGGAAGCUGAAAAUUUGAGUAUGGAACUGUGUCUGAUGUGGAAAAUUCGGUUUUUGACCAGAAAAUCUGUCUUUUCGUUCUGAUAUUGACUAGAAAGCUGAAUAUCAGGUUUUUAGACUUGAAAUUCGAAGUUCUCAUAAAAUUUUGGGCCUCGAACUCAUUUUUAACCAACCUAUGAGAAUUUUUAGUGGAAAAUUAGGUUUUGAAGCUAAAAAUGGUUCAUUUUUCUUGAAAUUUAGGUUUUGACACGACUUUCUGAGCUUAAAUGGUCUCGGAAGCUGAAAAUUGUGUUUUUCGUCUAGAAAUGGGAAAUUUUGUUUGGUUCUCUGACGAAAAAUGGUAUUUGCAACCUUGGGAAUUUGGAAAUUUUGCUCAAAAUUCAUUUUUUGACACAAAUUUUCAGCAAUCCCGGCUGAAAAUUAGGGUUUCUAGCUCAAUGGAACUUGAAAAUGUGGGAAUUUUCACCUGAAAUAGUCUAAGUCUGAAAGUGAAAAAUCCAGUUUUCAAAUUUGUCUGAAAAUCCAUCUGAAACCAUGUUUUGGCUGAAAUUCCAGCACUCUUCUGCUAUUUGUCUCUUUUUUCUUCUUCCUCUUGUUUUUUGUUUCGAUUUGUUUUGUUAUUGUGUUUUUUAGCUGUCUUUUUUCUCUAAUUUCUCUCCCAUUUUUCGUCUUUUUUUCCGCAAAAUUUCAAGUUUCUAUUCUAUUCUUCUUCUUGUUUUUUCCCCUUGUUUUUUGACCGAAAAUUGCCGUUUUUUAUCAUUUUGUGUACAUUUCCCUUCAUUUACACCAAAACACAUAAUUUUGUUGUUUUUUUUCUGAAGUUUGUCACGAAAUUUUGCGAUUUUUCACCUGGAAUUUGCCACGAUUCAUCCUGAGACUUUGGCUAAGUCCAAGACCUGAAAAACUUGCCAAAAACAAGAUUUUUAAUGUCUCUUUUUGUUCUUAUCUUGUCUUCUGAAGAGAAUUGUUCGAUUUUCCCCCCGGUUUUAUCUGAUUUUUUUCCCCUCGAGCGAAAAAAUUGGGCCUUUUUUCGGUUUUUGAGGUGAAAUUGAGGUUUUUGGAGCGUGAAAAUUGGUCUAGGUUGGGAAAUUUGAGGAUUUUUGGUCUCUAGGAGGUUUUUGAGCUCUUUUGGAUGAAAUUAGGCUUCUGUGAGACCUGGAAUUAAUUUUAGCUGGAAAUUUCGGAUAUUUCAGCUGAUUUCGGGGAAAUUUUGAGUUCCGGACUUUUUUUUAUCAGAAAAAUCUGAAAAUUUGACGUUUUCUGAAAUUUUUGGCUAAAAUUAGGCUUCUAGUAGUCUCUUUGAGCCAAAAUUCGAGAUUUUUUGGCUGAAAGACGAUUUUUGGGACGAAAAAUUAAUAUUUUUGCAAAAUUUCCAGCUUUUAGGCUAUUUUGAAGCUGAAAGUCUCCAAUUUCUUCCCGAAAAUCUCUAUUUUCUCUGCGUCUCUCACUAUCUCUCACUCUCUCACCUAUAUAUGCAUAAUUUUUUGAUCUCUUGAUCAAUCAAUAGAAUACAAGUGUUGUGCCUGUCUGGCAUCCUGUUGCCUGUCUAUUUCUCUGCGUCUCUCAUUUCUCCACACUCUCUCGCUCGUUCUAGUUUUUCUUGGUGUAUUAUGUAAUAGCAGAUGGUGUAGCGUUUUUUUUUGUGGUAAUUUUGCUGUGUUGGGAACUUUUAUUGUGGGAAAUUUGGAAUUUCAGCCCCACCCCCAAAAUUUUCCAAUUUCUAUGCUGAAAAUCUGAAAUUUUCCCGAAUUUUAGAUUUUCAGCCCCGGAAAUCCGAUUAUUCAUCUAUUUUUCCUCUCAAAUAAAUCCCUCCGAAAUUUUCUUAUUUUUUUCUCCGAUUUUUUUUCGCCCCCCCCCCCCGAAAAAUGCCCUUUUUGUAGCUAUACUAGGCUUAAGGCUAUGAAAAAUCGGAUUAAUUUUCUUACUGUACGAAAAUCUCCCAAAAAAUCGGAUUUUUCACGAAUUUCCAUUUCCGAAACCCUCAAAAUUAUGGAUUUUUCUCAAAAUUUGACUCAAAAAUCGCAUUUCCCCACCCGAAACCCUCAAAAUUAUCGAUUUUUUGCAGUUCUUGCUGGAGCUCUCUUGGAAGAAGCCGAAAAAUUGAUUGAUCGUGGAAUUCACCCGAUCAAGAUUGCCGAUGGAUUCGAUUUGGCGUGCAAAAAAGCCCUGGAGACUUUGGACUCGAUUUCCGACCGUUUCCCUGUUGAAAAUCGCGAACGAUUGGUUGAGACUGCGCAAACUAGUUUGGGAAGUAAAAUGUAAGUUGUUUGGAGCAUUUUGAGCCAAAAUUCAUGAAAUUUAAGCCGAGAAACUUGAAAAAUUGUGAAAAAUUAUGAAUUUUGACCCAAAAAUUGUAAAAAUCACGAAAUUUCGCGAUUUGUGACCUAAUGUUGAUAAAUUCGCUUUUUCUUAUCAUUUUCAGAUUUUUCUGAAAUUCCAGGCUCCGCCCACUUUUUUCCAGCUUUUUUUUCAUUUUCUCGAAAAAUAAUUCCCAUUUCUUUUAUCUCUUUGAGAAAAUCUCGGCUUAUUUUUCCUUCUUUUUUUUUUGAAAAAAAGGAACAUUUUUUAUCAAGAUGAUCUAGAUGAUUUUUUUGGCUUGACACGUGGAUUCUUGGGCCUAGACAACCUUGAAAAAUUGGUGGUUUUGGGGUGAAAAUGACCCUAAAAUUGAGUUGGUAGGGCCUUAUAUAGCCUAGAGUUAGGCCUGAAAGUAGGCUAAAAACUUGCCUAGAACGUGGCCUAUAAAAAGCCUAAAAGGCCUGUAAUAGUAUUAAACCAGGUUUAUUUGGUAGCUUAAGUUAGGGCCUAAAAUGACACAGAAAUAGCUCUUAUAAUAGCCUAAAACUAGGCCUAGUUUCAGCCUGAGAGUACCUCAAAACAGGCCUUGAAAUAAGCCUAAAAUAGUCCUGAACCAUACUCAUUUGGUACCUAUAAAUUUACCUAAGCCUUAUCUACCUUAAAAUGUGUCUAAAAUACCUUAGGAUUACCCAAAACCCAUGAUUUCUACCUUAAAAUGACACUAAUUGCAUCUCUUAUCAAUAUAUUUGCAGCGUCAACCGUGCUCUUCGUCAAUUUGCCGAAAUCGCAGUCGACGCCGUGUUGUCGGUGGCCGAUUUGGAGACAAAAGAUGUCAAUUUUGAGAUGAUCAAAAUGGAGGGAAAAGUUGGCGGAAGAUUGGAGGAUUCGAUUUUGGUGAAAGGAAUUGUUAUCGACAAGACGAUGUCACAUCCACAAAUGGUUAAGGAGAUUAAAAAUGCGAAGGUGAGGAUUUUUGGGGCUGGAAAUGGGGUAAAAUUUGACCCUAGAACCUUAAAUUCAUCAUUUUCACGUUAAAAACACGCUAAACCCUGGAAUUUGGGUGAAAAUUGACCUUAGAACCUUAAUUUUACCCUAAAGUUAUCUUAACUUUAUUAUUCCUCAUUUUGUUACCUUAAAAAUGCCCUAUUUCUUAUCACAAAACUAAUAACUAAUAAUAAAAUAGUAUAAGUUGGUAAAUAAUCCCAAAAGUGAUUAUUUUUUGCUAUGGAAGCGCACUUUUUCUCUUUUUUGUUUGUAGUUCUAUUUGCUCUAUUUUUACCUCCAAAAAUGGAGUACUGUACCUUUUUUCCGUCAAAAAAUGCUCUUUUUGGCUAAAAAUCAUCCCAGAAACACACUUUUGGCAGGAAAUUGGAAGGAUUUCCGGCUUUUUCUGGGUUUGACUAGGGAAAAUUUGAUUUUGGUAAGUGUAGAUCAAAAUUUUGGCACCAAAAACAGCCACGUGGCAAAUUUUUGAGAUUUUCUAAUUUCUAUUUUUUUUGGUUAAAACAUGCCACGUGGCAAAUUUUCAACCAAAAAUUGUCGAAAAAUGUCAUUUUUCCAUCAAUAGUCCAGAAACUGAUGCCACGUGGCAAAAAUUUUUGAAAAUAAUUUGAAAAUUCCGAAUUUACACUUCAAAAUGCAAAAAUUUUCAAGAAAAAUCACCGAAAAAUGCCAUUUUCCCCUAAUUUUCAAAUUUUUUCCAAAAAACUUGUGAAUUAACCACAUCUCCACCAAGCCGUUGCUGGCCAGAGUACAAAUUUUGGAAAAAUCUGAAUUUCAGAUUUUAGAGGACAAAAAUUGAAAAAUUCACAAUUUUUAGAGCACAAAAACUGAAAAAUUCACAAUUUUUGUACUGUAAAAAGUUAGCGUACAACUUUUUUUAUGGUGGAAACCACGAUUUUGGCCGAGUUGUGGAAUUAAUUUCAGAUCACAAAAAUCUCUCACAAAAUAUUUUUUUGCAGAUCGCAAUCCUCACCUGUCCAUUCGAGCCACCAAAGCCAAAAACCAAGCAUAAGCUCGAUGUUACCUCCACCGAAGAUUUCGCCGCUCUCCGACAAUACGAAAAGGAGACAUUCGAGACGAUGAUUCGACAAGUCAAAGAAUCCGGAGCCACUUUGGCAAUCUGUCAAUGGGGUUUCGAUGAUGAGGCGAAUCAUUUGUUGCAGGCCAAUGAUUUGCCAGCUGUCAGAUGGGUUGGAGGACCGGAAAUUGAAUUGCUAGCAAUUGCGACAAAUUCGAGAAUUGUUCCGAGAUUUGCUGAACUCAAUGAGAAGAAAUUGGGAAGUGCUGGAUUGGUCAGAGAGAUCACUUUUGGAACUGCCAAAGAUCGAAUGUUGUCGAUUGAACAAUGCCCGAAUAAUAAGGCGAUUACGGUGUUUGUGCGAGGUGGCAAUAAAAUGGUAUGUUUUUCGGGGUGAAAAUUGGAAAAUUGUGAAUUUUGACCUAGAAUUAUUGAAAAUUGUGAAAUUUGGAGCAUUUUGAGCCCGAAAAUCGAUAAUUUAUGUUUUGAAAAGCCCUGAAAAUCUAUUUCGGACCGAAAAUUGUGAAUUUUGAGCCUAUAAAGCCUACAAAUUGAAUAUUUAUGGUAUUGUUGAGCUCUGAAGUUUUAAAAAACCUCCAGAACUCAUUUUGGAUCGGGAACUCGAUUUUCAACCUGAAAUUGAGAUUCUGGAUAGUUUUCGGACGAAAUUGCGAAAUUUGGAGCAUUUUGAGCUCGAAAAUUGUGAAGUUUGAGGAUUUUGUGCUCGAAAAUUGUGAAGUUUGAUGAAUUUUGAGCCUAUAAAGCCUACAAAUUGAAAAUUGAUGAUAUUGUUGAGCUCAGAACUCAUUUUUGGAUCAAAAUUGUGAAAAAUACAAUUUUUUGAGCCUUGGGGGCCUCUAGAACCCAUAUUGAACCGAAAUUCUGAAAAUUUGGAGCAUUUUGAGCUCGAAAUGUGAUUUUUCAGCCAAAAAUCAUGCAAUUUCCUCUUUUUCCCUAGAAAAACGAAUAGUUUUGGGCCACAUAAAUCUCUCAUCUGUCACCCUUGGCAAUUCACAUUAUUUUUCGCAUCUUUGAGCCAGAAAAUGGAGAUUUUGAGCAUUUUUCAGCGAUUUUUGACUGAAAAAUUCGAAAAAUCUUGAAUUUUUCAUUGAAAACCUCAAAAAAUGAGCUAUUUUCAGAUCAUUGAUGAAGCGAAACGUGCUCUUCACGACGCACUCUGCGUCAUUCGCAAUCUCGUUCGCGACUCGCGCAUCAUUUACGGAGGCGGUUCCGCCGAACUCGCCGCCGCCAUUCAAGUCGCCAAAGAAGCCGAUAAAAUCGACGGAAUUGAACAAUACGCGUUCCGCGCGUUUGCCGACGCUUUGGAAUCGAUUCCGAUGGCUUUGGCUGAGAAUUCGGGAUUGUCGCCGAUCGAUGCGUUGUCGGAUUUGAAGGUGCGUGAAAUUUGGAGCAUUUUGAGCCAAAAAUGAUGAAAUUUGGAGCAUUUUGAGCCAAAAAAUUGUGCAAUUUGACCUGAAAUUGAUCAAGAAUGAGCAAUUUUUGAGUUUUCCACGUCAUAACUCACAUUUUUUGCAGGCCAAACAAAUUGAAACCGGAAACUCGUUCCUUGGAAUCGAUGCACUCUAUACUGGAACCAAUGAUAUGAAAGAGCAAAAAGUGAUUGAGACAUUGUUGAGCAAACGGGAACAGAUCUCAUUGGCAACACAGGUACGCUUUUUUGAGCCAAAUUUUUGGAUUUCUGGUGAAAAAUGAGCCCGGAAAAGUGAAUUUUGAGUCAAAAAUCGAAUUCUCCGUGAAAAUCUGAAGAUUCUGAUGUAAAAUUUGACCUAAAAUCAAAAAAUUGAUCAUUUUCAGCCAAAUUCGGCCUGAAAAUCGUAUUUUUCAACCAAAAAUCCAAUUUUUGCAGGUUGUUCGUAUGAUUCUCAAAAUCGAUGAUGUUCGUGUUCCAGACGAUGAAAAAAUGGGAGGAUAUUAA